AUGGCUCCGAUCCUCAACUUCGCCCUCGCACUCGCGAUGCCCAUCCUCUCCAUGGCAGCUGCACUCCCCAGCGGAACCGAACUCGAAAAUCGCGGCACUACCCUCACAGGCACAGUAGGAAUCGUAGGAGGAACGACCGCCGCAUUGGGAGAAUUCCCCUACAUUGUUAGUUUGACAUACGCUGGAUCGCAUUUCUGCGGCGGUGUAUUGCUCAAUGCGUAUACUGUUCUUACUGCUGCUCAUUGCUCUGUUUCCUAUUCGGCAUCGUCUGUUAAAGUUCGUGCUGGAACUUUGACCUGGGCAUCUGGCGGUACACAAGUUGGAGUUAGUAAGGUUGUUGUUCAUCCUUCUUACAACUCCCGAACAAUCGAUAACGAUAUUGCACUCUGGCACUUGUCGACUGCUAUUCCAUCCAGCUCAACCAUUGGCUAUGCCAAGUUACCCGUUCAAGGUUCGGAUCCUGUUGUUGGUUCUACUGCCACAGUUGCAGGCUGGGGUCUUUUGACUGAGAAUUCAUCCUCUUUACCAGCAACUUUAAGAAAAGUCUCGGUUCCAGUCAUCUCUCGUUCUACCUGCCAAGCUGAGUAUGGUACAUCUUCCGUUACAACCAACAUGUGGUGUGCAGGAGUUACUGGUGGUGGUAAGGACUCUUGCUCUGGUGAUAGUGGUGGACCAAUUAUUGAUGCUGCUACUGGUGUUUUGGAGGGAACUGUUUCCUGGGGUCAAGGAUGUGCUGAAGCUGGUUAUGCUGGUGUUUACUCCAGAGUUGGUAAUUAUGUUACUUAUAUUCAAAGUAGCCUCUGGACUUCCUUGUAA